AGGGGCCCACCCCCAGAGCGGGCAGAGCCGUCCCUGACGGGGUCUCCCACCGCCCCCGGGGCCAGCCAGAGCCAGGACACUCCCCCCCCCCCCACACACACACACACGGCCUGUGCCCUCGCCGCGGGGAGGGCAGACAGCGCUUCCACAUCGCCCCCGGCUGCCCGCAGCGCUCCCCGCCCGCAGGGAGCAGCCCGGGGGGGACAGAGCAGCGCUCGCCACCUGGUGUGUGUUUCCUGGCAGUUGUGACCCGGGACCAGCCCCAGGAACAGGCCUGUACCGGGCCGUGCGGGCUUGGCGACAGAUUCCUCAGAGAAUUCGUCUUAAAAAGAGCAACUAUGGGCAUUAAAGGUUUGCAGUGGUUUGUGACAAACGCUUGCCCUGAUGCAUGUACAAUGGUAAAUCUGAAGGAAAUGGCAGAAAAACAUCACAUCAGUCAUCCUGACUCCUCUCCUGUAAUUGUGGUAGAUGCCAUGGGUUGUAUUCGACACUGGUACACACCAGAAUCCUGGGUCUGUGGUGGCCAGUGGCAAGAGUACCUUGCUAAUUUGCAGGAUUUUAUUAAAGCUUUUAUGGCAGUUGAUAUCAAGCUGGUGUUCUGCUUUGAUGGUGUGGUAGAGCAGAAAAAGAGAGAUGAAUGGGUCAAACGAAGAUUGAAGAACAACAAAGAAAUAGCCAGAAUCUUUCAGUUCCUCAAAUCCUAUAGACAGCAACCAGGGAGAGGGAUGUUCUUUAUUCCUUCAGGGUUGGCAACUUUUACACGCUUUGCCUUAAAGUCUCUUGGUCAAGAAACAAUAUGUUCAUUGCAAGAGGCAGACUAUGAGGUGGCCACUUAUGGGCUGCAAAAUAAUUGCAUGGGAAUUCUUGGACAAGAUACCGACUACCUCAUCUAUAACACCUCUCCCUAUUUUUCUAUUAAUAAGCUCUGCUUGGACAGGAUGGUCACUGUUAUGUACUCUAGAGAAAACCUCUGUCAUGCACUGGGCCUCAACAUAACAGACCUCCCUAUUUUUGCUUGCCUGCUUGGGAAUGAUAUAGUUCCAGAAGACAUUUUGGAGGGUUUCUGGCAGAAAUGUGUAGCUUCAUGUCCUUCAAAGAGCCAGAGCUAUGACAAAAGGGCUAAAAUAAUUCGAGCUGUAGCAAGCUACAUAUCAAGAAUUCCAUGUUCAUAUGGUAGCCUGAAAGACUUGGAAGAAAUGCUACCUUUGGCAUCAGACAAGAAAUUACUUUACAGGGGAGUGGAGUCCUAUCUCUUGCCUGGCCAACAGUCUCCAUGGCUUCCCCCCAGUGUAUCAAAUUCUCAAAUUCUCAAGCAAGAAACAGCCAUAUGUCUAGAUCAGGAGAUCUUUCAGCUAGCUAAAGAGCAACACGUCAGAGCUGAAAAUUAUAUGGUGUACAAUGUCCUCAGUAAAGGAGAGGUUGAAUGCAGCAAUACAUUGGAAGAUGAACUUGAUACAGAACUUCCUGGACAGGCACUUAUCUACCGUCCAGUUCGACAACAUAUUUAUUCUGUUCUGCUGCAGUCCGGAAAAGACACCUGUGGAGCCUAUCCUAUAGUAAAGGAGUGGUUUGUGUACUUUGGGAAUCCAAUGGAGCAACCAGACCUCAUACAACCUAUACAGCUUGACAUCCCAGGUGGAACACCUAGUUUGAGAACAUUGUGGCUCACUAAAGGACCAGAGGUGCAAACGCUACGGUAUAGCGUGUUUCUGGCAUGCUUUCACCUUCAGGACAUGGUGGAGGAGUUCCAGUUGCUGGACGCACCUGUUGCAGCUGUCUGCUGUCUGCUGAUUUACCUUACCCUGCAGGUGGACAGUCUCUCUCUGGAGGACUUGAAUGCAUUUGUGGCUCACACUCUGUGCCUUCAGGGGAAGUCAGCUGCUCAGCUAGCAGGUUUGCAGCUUGCCCAGGUUGAUUCCAGAGCUGUACAGCUUGGUUCUCUCUUCAUUCGUGGUCUUACAACUUUGAUUAUGGCCAAUAGUGCCUGUGGCUUUCCAAUGAAUAUGGAUGAUUUGAUGCCCUGGAAGGUGUUUGAUGGAAAGCUUUUUCAAGAGAAAUAUCAGCAGUCACACAGAGGGAGUUCUUUGGAGGAGCUCUUGGAGGGCAAUGGAUCUUUGCACAUGCAGUUCCAGAAUCUGAAGUCAUUCAUUUGCAAGGCUUGUGUGGUAAAGAAAAGAACAAUUCAGAGCAGACGACGAGGGAAUGGAUUUAUCACAGAAAUGCAAGAAGGAGGAAGGGAAUGUAGCUUCCAGCAAGCACACACAACUUCUUUUGUUCCACCGUAUCAUAGUCGGAACAGGGGAUUCCAGUGGAGAGGUCCUCAAUCUUACUUUUAUGGGUCUGAGGCCCAACCUUCAGGUAGAGGACAUCGAGACCAGAGGAGACAUCGAGGCCAGAGAAGAAGGUUCCAGCUUGCCCCCCGAUUUGACAAAAUGCAAAGAAGGAACCAAUAUGAGAUGUCUAAAGAUAGCUACAGCACUUGACCCAAGGUUUAAGAAUCUGAAGUGCCUUUCAAAAUCUGAGAGGGACAAGGUAUGAAACAUGCUCUCAGAAGUCUUAAAAGACACUCCGAUGCAGAAACUACAGAAUCUGAACCAUCCAAAAAAAUAAAUCAUUCUGUUGGUGGCUUCUGACUCAGAUGUUGAAAAUGAAUAUGCCUCUGUCCACACUGCUUUGGAUCGUUACCAAGCAGAACCCAUCAUCAGCGUGGAUGCAUGUCCUCUGGAAUGGUGGUCAAAGCAUGAAGGGACAUACAAAUGUUUAGUGUAUCUGCAACGUCAGCUACCACAGCGCCAUGCAAACGCCUGUUUUCACUUUCAGGUGAUGUAAAUAAGAAGAGGGCAGCAUUAUCUCCCAUAAAUGUAAACAGACUUGUUUGUUUUAGUGAUUGGCUGAACAAGAAGUAGAACUGAGUGGGCUUGUAGGCUCUUUCAGUGCAGUUAUAUAAUUUUUUUUAAUUUACAUUUGUAAGAUGCACUUUCACGAUAAAGAGAUUGCCCUACAGUACUUGUAUGAGGUGAAUUGAAAAAUACUAUUGCUUUUGUCUUUUUUUUACAAUGAAAAUAUUUGUAAUAAAAAAUAACAGCACUAUACACUUUGUAUUCUGUGUUGUAAUUGAAAUCAAUAUAUUUGAAAAUGGAGAA